AAAUAGUUUAGAAAUGAGUAGAAAUUCCGGAAAGCAGGAAAUAACGGGAUGGCAUAUUUUUGUCAAGGGAAUGAAGUCAAAAGGUGUGUCGAACUUCACCGAAAUUAAAAGAUGCUGGUGGAGGUUACUGGCCGAGCAACGUUCUGCUCUUAAUGAGCGCGCCAAGUUCAUAGAAAUUCCCGGUGAAAAGGUAGUGACCAAAGACGGGUUGGUAAAAUUUAAUUGUGAUGCAUGUGGCCAGCUGUUCACGAAGCGGAAACAUUUGACAUACCACAGUAAACACUGCAAAACAUCAGGAUCGCAAGAAUGUGUUUGCACAUUUUGUGGCAAGCAUUUGGCAAGUCCUUUUAGUCUUAAGCGGCAUCAGGUUCUUUGUUUCAAAAAGGAAGGGUUUGACUCUGUCAAGUUCCAACAUGACCUUCUUGAAGAUAGAUGGAAUCAUAUAUCUCAAGAAACAGGAACUCAAAAAUGUGUUUGCUCGUUUUGUGGCAAGCAUUUGGCGAGUCCUUUCAGUCUUAAGCGGCACCAGGUCGUUUGUUCUAGAAUGCAAGCAUUUGAAUCUGUAAAGCUGGAACAUAAACUUUUGGAAAGUAGAUGGAAGCAUUUAAUGGAGACUGAAGUUAUGGCACCCGGAUUGACGAAGUAUAGCUGUUGUAAUUGUGACUAUUCCAGCCACGCGAAGUAUGCCACCCUUCAACAUAUUAAGCAAUGUAUCUUGGUUUACACGAAAAACAAAUGCUCGAAGUGUUCACAAAUUUUUGAGUCGAAGAAAGAACUUGUGAUUCACUUGAUGAAAUUGCACGAUGAUUUUUCAAUGGUCGAAGAGCACAAUGAAGCACCUAGCUUUGAUCUAAAGUUCGCAUCAAAUAAACGAGGAAAAAAGAGUUCGGCUGAUAACUUGAUAAACAAUUUCGAUAUUUCAUUAGAUUUUGACUCAUCUGUCGAAAUCCCAAGCGGCGAAACUGAUCAAAAUUUUGAGACGUCCUCUAAGUCAACAAAUGCUUAUAUUGAUGUUGAUUGCUUGAGUGAGGUAGAUUCAUCUGCGAGCCUCACCGCUUUUUAUGACUGCUAAUUUUCAUUGAUUUGGUUUAAUUGAAAUUUUCAAUUA